GACUGAAAACCAGCAAAAAAACCACAAGAGCCAGCGACGAAAAUCAACGGCAAGAAAUAGCCCCUAGCCAAAAAUCCCCCUCUUGUAAGGUCUUUAGGUUUCCAGCCAACAGCGACAAAGUUGUACUCACAGUGGCAGCGCUACAACCAGAGAUGAUGCAGAAAGAUACCACGUUCACGAAGAUCUUCGUCGGUGGCUUGCCGUACCACACGACGGAUAAGUCGCUCCGCCAGUUCUUCGAGGUGUUUGGCGAGAUCGAAGAGGCGGUCGUCAUUACGGAUAGGCAAACGGGCAAAUCGCGCGGUUACGGAUUCGUAACAAUGGCCGAACGUGAUGCGGCGGAACGGGCCGUAAAGGAGCCGAACCCGAUUAUUGAUGGCCGAAAAGCUAAUGUCAAUCUUGCCUACCUUGGAGCCAAACCUCGCGCGAGCGUUCAGCAGCUCAAUGCAGGCCUAAUUACAGAUCUGUUCACUGGCUUCCCGAUCUGUCCCACGACGGCUGCACUACGGGCAGCGUCUGCAUACCCAGCAGCCGCGCUUCUUCAGGCCGCGGCGGCCCAACAGUACACCACAGCGGCCGCUAGUGUGAAUCCGUACUUGUACCAGCCAUACCUCGCUGCAGCUGCCGCGGCCAAUCCCGCCGCAACCUUGAACGCAGCCCAAACGGCGGCCCAAGCAGCGGCCCAAGUAGCAGCUUUGCAUAGUCUACAGAAUCCUUCGGGCGCGGUAGCUUCGUCAAUCACAGGGCCCCAGGGCACGACGGCCGCUCAGCCGGGUCAGGCGUCGUCAGCAUCGGCUGUUCCGGGUAGUGGCCAGGCCCCCUCAUACUACGAUUACCAAGCGGCUCAGUUAGGAGGUGCAGCAGAGGGCUACCCAACGUACUAUUACUUAUAAAUGUUUUCAUGGGAUUUACGUCAGCACUGAUCGGAUCAGACGGAAGCCGUCCAGCCACCUGAAGCUGGUCAGAAGCUUCUCUAAAUCAUGCGAAAAAGUCGCCAUUAGUCCCUGCGUAAUUGAAUUAUAGUAGGAACGGAUGUCAAGCCGAAAUCUGGGGGUUUGUCCGCUAUUCUCCACAUAUCACUUCGCAGUGUCCGUCGCGUGCUGUCGAAGCUUCUGAAAGCUGGCGCGGUACUUCCUAGGAUCGCGCAGAUGAGCUACCAUAGGGAUAGCUGCAAGUCAUAAAGCGUCGUCUUACGUGACCUAUUGCAAUCCUAUCGGAUUGGUAUUAUAAAGGCAGGCAGGGUCACGGCAGUGCUCUACACUCCAUAUACCAACAUCCUGUUCUUGCGUAGCGUCUCAACGAAAUCAAAAGGCGAAAGCUUUGACAAAUCGCCGAGAAAUGAGCUCAGCGUCAAGCCACAUUUCUAUCACACAUCGAUUGGUCCACAUUGGUGCCAGAAAAUCAUCUAUAAUCGCACUAUAUUGCGAAUAUCGUCCACACGAUUAUUUCAACUAUUAUUAAAUAAUUUUGUUCGUUCACUAAAGAAAAUGCUAAAGUUCAGCAUAAUAGUAAUUGCUGUAAAAUGGGAUGUGUGCUCGAAUUUGACAUUGGUCGAAGUUUAUUUGGUAGAGUGCACAUCUCAACUGUUCGUUUACUGCAGCAAUUGUAAGAAUAUUUACCCGUAAAUAAAAAGGCAGACCUCGAGGCGAGACCUGGCACCUUGAAAGAUAUACGAUGCCGCUAGUACUAACGGCUUAACUACGGCAGUCUUCAAGAAGAAAGGUAUUCAUAUAGAUAGAUGCCGGCCGUAAAUUAUAAAGUAAACUAGUUAAUUUUUUAAUGCAGAUAAAACGUGAUGAAUUGACGUAAGUUAUAAGCUGUACACGGCUGCUGCAUAGAAAAUUAUUUUUUAGCUAGAACCUGGAGGAAAUACUAUGGCUACCAUUGACCGUAGGCUAAACAGAGUUGAAAAAGAAAAACUGUAUUUGCUAGAAACUAUACGAUAAAAUAUAUUAGCUAUCUUCCUCAAACACGAUCUAGUUUAUAGUAUAAAUUCUUGCCAAUGACCGGAUUGUAAGUCAACCCAAUCAUUGAUGGCCUUCUCUGGUAAUAGCAAACGACGAAUGAUAUCAACAGCGGACUCCUGGCAACCUUGUCAAGCAUGAAUCAUAAAACUAAACGAAAAUUGUAACGACGGAAUACGCAAUAGCCUAUAAAAAAAUCUGUCAGAGUCCCGAGCUGGUUCGCACGGUGCUUGCUUCAGCCCUACAGAGACACAAUCGAUCAACAUUGGGAAGGGCAUACGGAAAUGUGCGUUUUUACUCCAGAUUCAUACGAUAUAUAAAGAUGAAUUGAUGGAACGGUUUCUGGGUAGGCCUCAGACGGCGGCCUAUGGCAUAGCAGUUGCUGGAUGAUAUAUUAUUACUACAAGCUGUUACUUAAGUCUAUGCUAUACGAUGAAAGCAGUGUAUUUAGUAAAAAUAAAAAAAAAGGUAGUUAAACCAACAAAUAUACUAUUAUUUAUACACAAAAUAGAAAAAAAAGACGUGCAAACCAAUGACGUGCUCUAGUCACUUUAGAGAAGAGUCAAAUUAGACGGCAAUUGCCGCCCUAACGCUGUACCUCGUCAACGUAUCGAAACGUGCAUUGAAGGAGUUCAUUAAGGAGCCUAGAACCGAUACAGGCGCUGAUAACAAUUUUUUAGGAACAACAAGACACGUACAACGAUAUAGGCUGUUGGAAUGCUGCUAAUAUUUCGAAGAUUUAACAUAAUGGGUUCUCGUAACGUAUUCUGAGACGAAGCAAUAAGGCAAGUUAUGGCUGUAAACAUCACUAUUCAUAGAAACAGAGC